GUUUCAUUUCCGGUCCCAUUACGCUAGCAGCUUGAUGUAUUGGAAAACUGAAGCGUUACGAAACUGAGCCCUUCUGGAAGCUCUGGUUCCUGCUUCAGGGGUUGUUUUGUGAUUUUAUUCAUCCCAUUCUCUGCUGCUGGCAGAUGUUCCUCUGCCAACCUCAACAGCUUAAAUGGAAACACAGUGAAAGGUCAGUAUUGAACAUUUUCCAUCAUGCAGCUAGAAGCUCAGCUGCGGCUAUGCCAGAGUUGUAUUUGGUGCUGCAAGACAGGACUGCGGAUGCUGUCUCAGAGCUAUGCACAAAGAAAAGCUGUGAGCUACUAUGAACUACUGGGAGUCAAGUCAGACGCCUCCGUGGAUGAAAUAAAGAAUGCUUUUUUUGACAAAUCAAAGAAGCUACACCCAGACAGCAACCCAUCGAACCCGGAGCUGCACAGUCAGUUUGUUGAGCUGAACGAAGCCUACAGAGUGCUGAGCAAAGAGCUGAGCAGGAAGGAGUAUGACUUUAAACUCCAGCAUCCGUACCGAGGUGGACAGGCCUUCAGCUCCACCUCUAGUCACACGGUGUACAGGAGUACUACCGCUAGUGACGACGUUCGUUACUGGGAACAGUUUCGUCAAGCCCAGACUCCUGAGGCAACAGCGGAGGAGAGAAAGGAGAAGAGGAAGAGAAACUACAAGCUGGUGGUGUAUUGUGUCAUCACCAUGAUGCUCAGCGUAGGAGCGCACACGAUUUUCUUCAGGAAACUGGAAGAAGUUCAUAAUAACUUCAUGGACGAGAAAGAUCGAGUCAUUACAGAAAUCUACAACGAAAGCAAAGAGAGGGCCAGGGUCAACGGUUUCAAGAAGCAGACAGAAAUCCUGCGGCAGAAACACGCCGAGUUUCAGGAGAAAUUGAAAAUGAAUAAGGGAGGACAGGAAAAGUAGGGAGGUCUCCUCCUGCCGUCUCAGGAUGUGGAUGGACCUCCUUUUAGGGCUGUAAAAGGGUUUCCUUUUCCAGCUUUCUGUGUCCAAUUUGCGAAUCAGACCAGAUCCUGAUUUAGCGGAUGAUGAUGGGGAUGCGGGAUACUUUCCUUUGGCUACGUGUUGCUGCUACAUCACGCUCAGGUAUUCAGUGCCUUGCAAAUCUACUCAUACCCCAUUCAGCUUUUUCCGUUUUGACACAUUACAACCACAACGUUCAGUGUGUUUUACUGAGAUUUCCAUCAAUGUUUCAUCAAAACAAAGCAGUACAGAAAUGUGAAACAGCGGAAACAGUUGGAGGUUCAGCUCCAAUGACGGAACUUUGUAGAAGGAAAUAUAAUCUAAUAUAAAUAUAAUAAUUUGUCUUUUGAAGUGUUUCUGUGCCAUAUUUGCACAUGAGGAGAUUAAUUCAGUAUUUCUCUUUAGGUCUGGACUUUGACUGGACCAUUGUGAUAUAUGAACUCAUCCUUUUGGUCCUAAGCACUCCGGUGUACCUCUGGCGGUAUGUUUCAGUUUGCUGAAAGGGAACCUUUAGGCUGGAAAGUUAAAUUUUGUUUUUAUUUAAUCAGACCACUUUCUACCAGAUGUUUGCUGGAUCCUCAAUACAGCUUGUAGCAAACUUUAGCAGGAUGUCUUUUAGUUUUCUUAUGUUUUGUGGUUCUUAGCCUUUAUGCUGUUAU